AUGUCUACCACUUCUGGCCACGAGGUUCCCCUCAUGUCGAACACUUCCAAUCAAUCUGAUGCUGGUGGCGAGAUGGCCGGCAAGGUGAAGGAGUAUACUCUCAAUACCAAUACGAUAUACUAUUCCGUGGGCAACGUUCAUUUCAUAACAUCCGACAACGUACUUUUUCCUUUCGACCUCGAUCGUCUUGCGAAAGUCAGCUCAGUUUUCCGAGACCUCCGCAACAUCCCGCAGCCUUCCGGUAAAGAGAUCGGAGCUCCCAUUUCCGGCCAGACCAUCCUCGAGAAACUCAAUGAGCUAUCGCUCAACGAGCGAGAAGACAUCUCCAGGCAUACUGAUGCUGUCAUCAUCUUUCCCGAGUGCAAUGCAAAAGCUCUCCAGCCUUGGUUGAACCUCGUCUCCCUUAGCGGAGCACACGGGUUGAACUUGAACAUUUCUUGCGAGGAGUGUGAAAUGCUCUAUACCUUGAUGGACAAGUAUGGGUGCGAUGAGAGCCUGUACGAAUGUCUGCGUUGUCAGAUAAAGUUCAUGACGGGGGAGAAGGAAUGGGAGAUGUUCAUCAUGGCUUCGCAUGGGAACGACAGGGUCUUGGGGAGUCGUGUUCUCCAGUCUAUGAGCAACAAUGCUUUCUUUGCAGGAGGUUUUGCGUCGAGACUCGAGCGGCUGAGUGAUUCCUGGGCUUUGGCGGUAUACCAUGCGGUCUUCAACAAAGACAUCAACUGGGAGCUCACUGUUGAAUACCAAGUAUUAUGCCACCAACUACCUAGAUACCCACCAGUUGGGCCCUCCAAAUACAUCAAUUUCGAUUCAUGGAAAGAUGACCUCUUGGCGACCUUCUUUGCAGAUGUGUAG